CUUGGGGUCCAUUCUCUCCUUUAAAGCUCGUUCGUUAAUCACUUUUUUCCCUAGUCUUUUUCUUAGUACCAUAACUUCCUGUUUACAAAUUCUUAUAAUUUCUUCUUCUCUUCCAAUUGUUCCCACUACGUAUAACCUUUCACUUUGAUCCAAACACAACAAGAAGGAAAAAAAAAGAUAAGAGGAGCAAAUUAUACAAAAAGUACAAGAAGAAGAAAAAAAAGUGAGGCAUUUAAAAUUUGAAACAUGUCAAACAGAAGGUCCAGACAACCAUCAUCAGGGUCUUCAAGGAUUUCAGAUGAUAAAAUUAUUGAACUUGUUUCCAAGUUGCAGCAAUUUCUUCCAGAAAUUCAAACUCGCCGCUCCGGCAAGGCAUCAGCAUCAAAGGUGCUCCAAGAAACUUGUAACUAUAUUAGAAGCUUGAACAGAGAAGUGAAUGACCUUAGUGAUCGACUUUCUCAAUUACUAUCUACUAUAGAUACUGACAGUCCAGAAGCUGCAAUUAUCCGCAGUUUAAUGAUGUGAUUAAUUAAUUUCUAUUUAUAUAUUUACAAGUAUUUUACCACCCUAGUUGUUUGUCUCUUCUUCCUCUAGGCUAUCUACUAGUUACUAGCUAGGCCAAUCAUGUGUUAGAAUAUAGAACUGAAUAUAUGUAUGGGAUACGAUGUUCCCCUAGCUAUGGACACAUGCUUGUAAUUAUGUUUUCUCACUAUAAUUAAUAAGAUGGACUUCCACGGUUCCACUUUGGAAGUCCUUUUUUAUUAU